CUCUCUCUCUCUCUCUCUCUCUCUCUCUCUCUCUCUCAACAAAAAAAUUACAGGCAAUUGAUUCAGUUGCAUUCGCAAGUUUCUGACUUUACUGUGUCCCAUUGAUGAUUAUUUUGGGGUCUGAUUUGGGUACCCUUUCAAGAAAAGGUAUCUGGGUUCUCUCUCCCUCUCUCUCAACAAAAAAAAUACAGGCAAUUGUUCAGUUGCAUUCUCAAGUUUCUGACUUUACUGUGUCCAAUUGAUGAUUUUGGGGUCUGGUUUGGGUGCCCUUUCAAGAAAAGGGAUCUGGUUUUUCUUUUCUUGGACAUCUUGUUCACAACCGGGCCUGGUGAGACCUCAAUUUUCGUUUACCUAAUCUUGGUACCUCUGAAUCUUACAUUUGUUGAUUUAGAGCCCGAAGGGUGUUCAAGAAUCUGUUUUUAAUCUCGAGCAGUGUAAUUUGUGCUUUAUCUAUGGUUAAAUCUCCAAGAAUGGCAGCAGGAAAUGGGGUAUUUUACCCCAUUGUUGGAUUUGCAACGUGCCUGGCAUUUAUCUACAUGUCGUUUGGGGAUUUGUGGUUCAAUUACAGUAAAGAACCAGAGUUGAGUUUUGUUCAGAGGAAUGGGACUCACUUCACUUUGGAUGGUGGAAUGUUCUACAUCAAUGGGUGGAACUCAUACUGGUUAAUGGACCUUGCUGCGGAUGAAUAUACCAGACCUAGGGUCAGGGAGAUGCUUCAGGCGGGGGCGAAAAUGGGUCUCACUGUAUGCAGAACUUGGGCCUUCAAUGAUGGUGCCUACAAUGCCCUUCAGAUUUCGCCCGGACGAUACGAUGAGCGUGUUUUCAAGGCUUUGGAUCAUGUCAUUGCGGAGGCUAGACAACAAGGAAUUCGGCUACUACUUUGCAUAGUUAAUAACUUGAAAGCAUAUGGCGGGAAGACGCAAUAUGUCAAGUGGGCUUGGGAAGACGGCAUAGGUUUGAGCUCUUCGAAUGAUUCUUUCUUCUAUGAUCCAUCAAUUCGGAUUUAUUUCAAGAAUCAUGUCAAGACUUUGCUGACACGGAAGAACACUAUCACGGGAAUACAAUAUAAAGAUGAUCCAACCAUCUUUGGAUGGGAGUUAAUUAAUGAGCCCCGCUGCCAGACUGAUCCUUCAGGUGACACUCUCCAAAACUGGAUAGAAGAAAUGUCAAUGUUCGUGAAAUCAAUUGACAAGAAACAUCUACUAACUGUUGGCCUUGAAGGAUUUUAUGGUCCUAAGAGUCCCAAGAAGUCAACUGUCAACCCCGGAGACUGGGCAGCUGACCUUGGAUCUGAUUUCAUUCGCAACUCCCAGAUCUCAACCAUUGAUUUUGCCUCUGUCCAUAUAUACCCUGACCAUUGGUUUCAUGAUCAAGAACUUGAAGAGAAACUAAAAUACAUAAAGAAAUGGACAGUUUCUCAUAUCGAAGACUGCGACGCAGAAUUGAAGAAACCAGUCAUGUUCACGGAAUUCGGCUUGUCAAAUCUUAACAAGGAUUUCAAGCCAUCUCAACGCGACCAGUUCUACAAGGUUAUCUACGACAUCAUUUACAAAUCCGCCAAGAGAAAGAAGUCUGGUGCUGGAUCUUUCGUGUGGCAGUUCUUGGUCGGAGGAAUGGAAGAGUACAACGACGACUUUGGGAUCGUCCCUUGGGAUAGGCCGUUAACGUAUCAGUUAAUAACCGAACAUUCGUGUAAAUUGGCAGCAGUUCAAGGUGUGCUGCCCUCACAAAAGGAUCACUUGAAGGAAUUGUGUCCACGGACGCGGUGAAAAUCUUGUUCUUUCCAUCUGAAAUAAAAUGUAUCUUCUUGUUCACUGAGUUUUGUUGUACUUUAUAAGGUUUGAGAUUUUGCUUGAAUGGGGGAGGGUGUAGGUUAUUAGAUUUGUAUGUUGCUGGUAAUUUAUACAUACGUAUACUAAAUUAAAUGGAAAGGCAAUGUAAAUUGCAGAAA